CUGCGCAAACCAUGCAGGAUGAUUUACUGAUGGACAAAAGCAAAGCCCAGCCCCAGCAGCAGCGGCAGCAGCAGCAGCAGCAAGAUCCAAACUCAGCAGAAGCCCCCUCUACACCCAUCUCGUCGGAGACACCCAAACCAGAAGACAACAGUUCAGUGACUAGUAUCGGCACAUCGGCUUCUUCCCAAAAUAGCAAGGAGAAGAUGCAGAUGGAGUCUCCCAUUUUGCCUGGCUUGAGCUUUCACCAGCCUCAACAAGAACCUGCAGCCGGCACCUCCUUGUCUCCCUCGUUUGGCAGCACCUGGUCUACAGGGACCACAAACACGGUGGAUGAUAGCUUUUUCCAAGGGAUUACUCCAGUCAAUGGGACAAUGCUUUUCCAGAAUUUUCCACACCAUGUCAACCCUGUAUUUGGUGGCACUUUCUCACCUCAGAUUGGCCUAGCUCAGACUCAACACCACCAACAUCAGCAGCAGCAGCAGCAAGCUCAGCAGCAGCAGCAGCAGCGGAGGUCACCUGUGAGUCCUAAUCAGGCACCUUUCACCCAGAGAAAUGCUGCUUACAGCCAUCAGCCCAUCAUGACCAGCAAACCGUCUUCCUCCUCUGCCUCUUCUUCUUCCUCCUCCAGCUGGAAUAACCAUCAAAAUGCAGCUUGGAGUACACCUUCCAACCCUUGGGGUGGGCUGCAGGCUGGUAGGGACCCUCGAAGGGCAGUUGGAGUGGGGGUUGGUGUGGGAGUGGGAGUCGGCGUGCCGUCCCCCCUCAAUCCCAUUUCACCCCUUAAAAAACCCUUCUCCAGCAAUGUCAUUGCCCCUCCGAAGUUCCCACGGGCUGCACCCUUAACCCCCAAAUCCUGGAUGGAAGACAACGCGUUCAGGACGGACAAUGGCAACAAUCUGUUGCCUUUUCAGGACCGGAAUAGGCCCUAUGACACUUUUAACUUGCACUCUUUGGAAAAUUCCUUAAUGGAUAUGAUAAGGACUGAUCAUGAGCCUCUGAAAGGUAAACACUAUCCUCCCAGUGGCCCACCAAUGAGUUUCGCUGAUAUAAUGUGGAGGAAUCAUUUUACAGGGCGUAUGGGAAUAAACUUCCAUCAUCCAGGAACAGACAAUAUUAUGGCUCUUAAUACCAGGAGCUAUGGGCGGAGAAGAGGUCGGUCUUCACUCUUUCCUUUUGAAGAUGGCUUCCUAGAUGACAGUCAUGGUGAUCAGUCGUUGUCCUCGGGUCUCAGCUCUCCGACACGCUGUCAAAAUGGGGAAAGAGUGGAACGCUAUUCUAGAAAGGUGUUUGUUGGAGGUCUUCCUCCUGACAUUGAUGAAGAUGAGAUCACUGCCAGCUUUCGUAGGUUUGGACCUCUUGUGGUGGACUGGCCUCACAAAGCUGAAAGCAAGUCAUAUUUUCCACCUAAAGGUUACGCCUUUCUGCUGUUCCAGGAAGAAAGCUCUGUACAAGCUCUGAUAGAUGCCUGUCUGGAAGAAGAUGGAAAACUUUACCUGUGUGUGUCAAGUCCCACAAUCAAGGAUAAACCAGUGCAAAUUCGACCUUGGAACCUAAGUGACAGUGACUUUGUGAUGGAUGGGUCUCAGCCUUUGGAUCCAAGAAAAACAAUCUUUGUUGGAGGAGUUCCACGGCCUCUCCGAGCUGUUGAAUUGGCAAUGAUUAUGGACCGUUUGUAUGGAGGUGUCUGCUAUGCUGGCAUUGAUACAGACCCAGAGCUGAAGUACCCAAAAGGUGCUGGCAGAGUGGCUUUCUCCAACCAGCAGAGCUACAUUGCUGCCAUCAGUGCUCGCUUUGUCCAGCUCCAACACAAUGACAUUGAUAAACGGGUGGAAGUGAAGCCAUAUGUGCUGGAUGAUCAGAUGUGUGAUGAAUGCCAGGGCACUCGCUGUGGUGGAAAAUUUGCUCCAUUCUUUUGUGCCAAUGUUACCUGUUUGCAGUAUUACUGUGAAUACUGCUGGGCCAGCAUACACUCCCGUGCUGGGCGGGAGUUCCACAAACCACUGGUAAAGGAGGGAGGUGACCGGCCCCGCCACGUCCCGUUCCGCUGGAGCUGAACCCCGGCCACGCCCAGCAAGAAGUACUGGAGUAAAUAAAAUUGAGUGGAAGGAGAGCGCUGCCUCAGGGCUUAGUGUUCUGGAAAUCUGUGCAUUCGUCCUCGACUUUAAUGAAGAGAUGGGUCUUUUUAUUACUAUUAUUAUUAUUUACAGUCACAUUACUGAACUCAGUGUCCAGUAUAAUACAAACCGGCAGAGUGUAACUGUACUGAUUUUGCACUUUGAUUCACACAAACAUCUGCUUGGUACCUUAAUUUCCUACACAAGACUUGUCACUAGUGACAUUAUGUAGACUGCCAUUCUCAUCAGUCUUCACUGGGCUGAUGUGUAUGUGAUGAAGAUUUUUUUAUUGUA